CCGCUGCCGCCGCGUCGUGGAGCUGCCUUGACGACAGUGACGGUACCCAUCCAACAACGCCUCGCUCGCACAACGUUUCCCCGUAGCUCCACCCUCUUACACCGAGUGUAGCUCAGCUGAGUUUCCUUUAUCGCUCUGAGCCCCAACACGAUCCGCGUCUAGACAGCCAAACCAUCGGCCCUCAUCACAUCGCACCAAGUCACAAUGGAGGUUCUGCUUGGUAUUACGGGGAAGGACUUCACCCUCAUCGCUGCCUCCAAAGCCGCCAUGCGAGGCGCCACCAUCCUCAAGGCCACUGAUGACAAGACCCGCGAAUUGAACGAGCACACUCUGAUGGCUUUCUCGGGCGAGGCCGGUGACACAGUGCAGUUUGCCGAAUACAUCCAAGCAAACGUCCAGCUGUACUCGAUGCGCAACAACAUGGAGCUCUCGCCCGCUGCCACCGCCAACUUUGUUCGUGGGGAGCUUGCACGCGCACUGCGAUCACGGAAACCAUACACAGUGAAUCUGCUGCUCGGAGGAUAUGACAACAUCGCCGACAAGCCCACACUCUACUGGAUCGAUUACCUAGCCAGUCUGGCACCCCUCCCCUACGCGGCACACGGAUACGCCCAGUACUACUGUCUCUCGUUACUCGACAAGCACCACCACCCUGAUAUCGACUACGAGCAGGGUCUGAAGAUCAUGAGGAUGUGCACAGAGGAACUGAAGCGCCGCAUGCCGAUCGACUUCAAGGGCGUUUACGUCAAGGUGAUCACAAAGGACGGCGUCAAGGUUGUCGAUUACGAGGAUGAUGUCAAGGUUGCGAUACCUUAAGGAGGAGACAGGCUGAGCAAGCUAUGAACACUUGGAAGUCUGACAGACAGGAACGCUACACCUGUCAAGAGACAGCUAUGAAGCAUUCAGAAGUCACAGCUCUAGCUUUAAGACUAGAGUUACGAUAGAGACGCCAUAGUCAAUGAAAAGAUCACGACCGAGCAGCCUCAAUCUCACAUUAUGAAUUUUGCUGGGAUGCACCUUACGACGGUUCGUCGUGUAGCCUUUAAGUGUAAACGAUUGCGGCACGACGGAUGUACAGCCUGGUGCACCUCUGAU